CCUUCAGUCGCUCGCUGCCGCAGCGACCACCGCCUCUGGGAUACCUCUGCCACGGCUACCAUCCCGACAACAACAACAACAACUCCUUUCACCAACCACCACCACCACCACCACCACCACCACAACAGCAACAGCGGUAUUAUACCGGCGAGCUGCUGUGACCAGUUGUGUUUAUUUCACACCAACCUCCUCGAAUUUCGAUCAGGAGGAACGGCCACCCAUUGAAUUUGUGGAGAGGUAGGAUUGUUCUACACGCCUGCACUAAAAAACUGUUACACCGCCCGGCGCUUUAGUAAAGGGAAAUAAAUACAGCAGCACCAUGCAGUACGAGGAAGAUCCCGAUUGGGACGAGGAGGAAGAGAUGACGACGACGGAGCGAGAGCUCGCGGACGACGCUCAAUGGAAGUUAAUUCAAAAGAAUACCUUUACCAGAUGGGCUAAUGAGCAUCUGAAGACCGUCAACAAGCAGUUGGCGGAUCUUGAAUCGGAUUUCUCUGAUGGAUUGCGACUUCUUUCGCUUAUUGAAGUGCUGUCAGGAAAGAAAUUCAAACAUGUCAACAAGCGACCCAACUUCAGAACUCAAAAGCUUGAGAAUGUCACCAUGGUCCUCAAGUUUUUGGAGGAAGACGAAGGAAUUCGUAUUGUCAACAUCGGUAAGUGAAUUGAUUUUCAAAAUUUAAUUUAUGAAAGUUAGAUCUAUCUU